GAAGAAGAAAAUUGCGUUAGAAAGCCGUCUCACUCUGUCGCGUUUGAAAUGACACAACUUCCUCAACGUAUUGAUGAGUAAAACUACACUAUAUGGUUGGUUAUUUAUGGUUGCAAUUAUUGUGGAUGCUAUUGAAAAAAAGAAAAGAAAAUUAAAGAAAAAGAAAACCAACAGAACAGACAUCAUCAAAACAGAGUGAUCUCUCUUACCAGCGUAUGCGAACAGAUGUGUCUCGAGUUUGUUUCGGCGUCUAACCUGUCGGACAGUUUUUUCGAUUAUGUUUGUCAGAAAUCUAAUCAAGCUAUUUCGCUGUGACUAUAAACAAAUUUCUCGGUCAGCACAGUUUCUGCCUUCGGCUGCAGCAAGAUUGCAGCACAAUGGUGCCCAUGAACUUGGUCAGCCGGUCCCCUCAUCUCGUCCAGAGACAUCGAAAGCAAAGACCCUUAUAGACAUCGGGACUCGCCGUAUUUUCAACGAAGACCAUGACCUCUUCAGGCAGAGUGUGCGCCGCUUCUUCCAAGAGGAGGUCGUGCCACAUCACAAGGAGUGGGAGAAGGCUGGUCAGGUGAGCAGGGAGGUGUGGGAAAAGGCUGGUGAGCAAGGCCUUUUGGGAGUUAUGACACCAGAAGAAUGCGGCGGCAUUGGCGGGGACCUGCUCUCUGCAGCUAUCACAUGGGAGGAACAAAUGUACUCAAACUGUUCAGGACCUGGUUUUGCGCUUCACUCUGACAUCGUCAUGCCUUACAUAAUCAACUAUGGCACCAAGGAGCAGAUUGAACGUUUUAUUCCCAAAAUGGUCACUGGAAAGUGCAUCUGCGCCAUUGCCAUGACUGAGCCAGGAGCGGGCAGUGAUCUUCAAGGUGUGCGGACAUACGCCAAGCGUGAUGGCAGCGAUUGGAUCCUGAAUGGCAACAAGGUGUUCAUCACCAACGGCUGGAUGGCCGACCUGGUAGUGGUGGUGGCCGUGACCAACCGUGAGGCAAAGACAGCAGCCCACGGCAUCAGUCUCUUUCUGAUAGAGGAUGGCAUGAGUGGCUUCCACAAAGGGCGCAAGUUGGAAAAGAUUGGCCUAAAGGCACAGGACACCGCUGAACUUUUCUUUGAGGAUGUACGACUCCCAGCGGAGAGCCUAUUAGGCGAACUCAACAAAGGUUUCUACUACUUGAUGAAUGAGCUGACGCAGGAGCGUCUGGUAAUCGCCGACAUGGCCGUCGCAAGCUGCGAGUUUAUGUUUGAAGAAACCAGGAACUACGUGUUGCAGAGGAAAGCAUUUGGAAAGACAAUCGCUCACCUCCAGACCGUGCAGCACAAAUUGGCGGAGCUAAAGACAGAAAUCUGCGUGGGCCGCGCCUUCCUUGAUAGCUGCCUGCAGCUCCAUGUCGAGAAACGCCUUGACCCUGCCACUGCUUCCAUGGCCAAGUACUGGGCGUCUGACCUGCAGAACAAGGUGGCCACGCAGUGCCUGCAGCUUCAUGGUGGCUGGGGCUACAUGUGGGAGUACCCCAUUGCCAAGGCAUUUGUGGAUUCUCGUGUCCAGCCCAUCUAUGGAGGAACCAAUGAGAUCAUGAAAGAGCUCAUCGCGCGAAGCAUCGUCAGCCAGAAAUGAGACACCUUCUCACCUUGUUAAGGACUCUCGUGGUGUUGGUGGGUUUAUUUUUGUUUUUUUGGAAACAUACAAAUGGAAUAAAAUAAAAUAUAGUUGGUCAGUUAAUUGACCAACUAAGACAGAAUUUUAGAAAGCAGAAGAAAAGUGCCAAUUGUGUUAAAAUUUAAUUAUUUUUUUUUUAAGUUGCACUGUUGUAAUGCAGGGUAAUUUUAUCAACUCAUUAGUUGGACUGGUGGUUCUAUCCAUUACUAUUGUUUUUCUUUAGACAAUGGAUUUAACUACAUUUGGAUUGGAUAAACGUUAUUGUCAAAUGUACUGUAUGUGUAACAUACAGCACAAAUGAAAUUUCUUCAUUUGCUGUGAAGGCAGUGAUAAUAAUGUUCAUGUUGAAUGAACGUCUUCCAUUUUCUCUUAAUAAAACUUAAUGAAAGUGC